AGUAUGAAAGUUUAGAACAGGACUGCAGCCAAUCUAAGCUCAGUGUAGAGGUUCAGGAUUAAGUCAGGGAAAAGUAAAGCUCAGUGUAGAGGUUCAGGAUUAAGUCAGGGAAAAGUAAAGCUCAGUGUAGAGGUUCAGGAUUAAGUCAGGGAAAAGUAAAGCUCAGUGUAGAGGUUCAGGAUUAAGUCAGGGAAAAGUAAAGCUCAGUGUAGAGGUUCAGGAUUAAGUCGGGGAAAAGUAAAGCUCAGUGUAGAGGUUCAGGAUUAAGUCAGGGAAUCGGAAAGCUCAGGUUCAGGGCAAGGCAAGGGAAACAUACCCAAGGGAAACAAAAAUUCCUGAAAUUAUUGGGGGAAAUAGUGUUAUAAUACUUGCAACAAACCCCCAGUAUUUCUCCUUUAAUCUUUAUGCACUUCUCCCAGCACUUCUCCCAUUCCAGGAACAAAAGGAAGUCACAAGAAGCGAGUUCUGUCUUAUAUUGUGGAUGUGGAACAAUAUCCACAGGGUUUCUGGUUAUAAUCUCCUUGGUUGUUCAUAGAAUGUGUGUCACAUUGCCAUAGGAUUGUCACAGAGUUAAAGCUAGGUAUGUUGGCUCUAGAUGUGGUUACAGGACAAUCAAAAGAGAUGAGAGAAGGUGAUGUCUCAGUCUGUGGGUAGCUGACUUAUCCUGUCUCUCUAUCAAGUUCAGGGAUCACACACUCUCUCUGCUGACAGACAUUACAGGGUGCCUUAGUCUCAGUCCGAAGGCGCGACCAAGUAAGGAUUGUGCUGUUUGCCUAGCCAGAAUUCAAACAAUAGCAUCUAACCUGCCAAUACCACAAAUGUAUACAAGUGAGCCAAGAAUGUGAAAGCAUGACCACCAGUCAGCCUCAAACUACUUAGCACUUCCUCACUGAUUCUUGUGGGAACUGUUCUACCACACAUUCAAUCAAGAAUCGAUCUAAACGAGAACCAAUGCGACUUGGAGGUUUAGUUCUACUCAACCAAGUUGGGGUUGAUGCAACUAGAGAGAAGACAGACAGCAACCACAAUAAUGACACGUAUUUACAAUUCAACAAAAAGAAACGUUCGCCAGAUUAUCGGUUAACUAGAUUACAGCAACCGACGGAAAGGCUCGCUGACCACGGCUAUUAAAUUUCGUUAACCAUAAGAUGACAAAAAUCUGCACCACGGACAAGUGAUUCUUGAUUUCGACCAUUUGCUAAAGAAGGGAGCAAGCAAUGAGCAAGUAACAACAAAUUCCUGGGGCUCCUAAAAGGUCGCGUAUGAGCGAGAUUAGCCUCCUAGAAGAUCCGUGAGCAUCGUGUUGAGCAUUUGAUUGCCAGUCCGUGACAAGGCUGCUUGUUAAUCUAUAAGCCUAUCGUUCUUUUACGGAAGCCUCUUUUCCCCGAGUCCUGUCAUGUCAUCACCGCUGCAUUCUAAUAAAGAUAAAAGUGAGCUUUGAAGGAGCAGUGUGAGAACCCCGAUCUUUCAUCCUCUUCCUAAUCUGUACACAGUACACAGAAUGUUCAAUACCACAAAGUCUUUUCAGAUUAAACCUCACUAACUGUGAUUUAUCUCUCUCCCCCUUCUCACUUUGUUUCUUUCUGAAUAUUUUCCCUCAUUUUCUCCUCGUCCCAUCGUCAUCCUAUCUCUUGGACACACAGGACACUGUUUGGAAACAGGAUAAAGUCGGUGGCCAAGAAAGCCUUCUCAGGCCUGGAGGCCCUUGAGCACCUAAACCUGGGCGGAAACGCCAUCCUCUUCAUUCUACCAGACGCCUUCAACAAUAUGAAGAACCUCCGCAGCCUCGAGAUCUUCAGCGAUAGCUUCCUGUGCGAUUGCCAGCUGCACUGGUUUCCUGAGUGGGUUGUGGCACGAGAGCUACAGUCUGGCAUCCAUGCCAUGUGCGCACACCCUGAGAGCCUGAAGGGCACCAGCAUCUUCCAGGCUCCUGCACAGAGCUUUGUUUGUGACGAUCUGCCCAAACCCCAGAUCACGGUUCACCCCUCAGCCACUGCUGGCGUGUUAGGCAAAGACGUGCGUUUGACGUGCAUGGCGGUAAGCAGCAGCAGCUCGCCCAUGACCUUCACAUGGCGGAAAGACCAGGAGCCACUUCCUCAUGCCCACGUGGAGAACUCUGCCCACUCCACCUCCAAAGACGGCCCAGGAAUCAUGGAGUACACGACCGUCCUCCAUCUACGCAACGUCAAGUUCGAGGACGAGGGCCGUUACCAGUGCGUCAUCUCCAAUCACUUCGGCUCCACCUACUCCAACAAAGCACGUCUCAGCAUCAGCGGUAGGUUUUAUUUUAAAGCUUUAAAUACUGAGCUACCACAACUCUUAAAAGUCCUUAUCUUCAGUACAACCCAGAUAUGACCGUUUACAUUCUAC